CCCUUCAACAUCCUUAGACAACACUUAAUAAAAAAUGACCAACAAAUGUUAAAAGCAAUUGAAAAACUGCAUCAGCCAAAACUGCCACAUUAAAUCAACAACCAUUGUCCCUCUCUUCUCCAUCUCUCGUUCCAAUUCCAAUUCUAACUAUUUCUCUCUCUAUCUGUAAGCAACCACAUAUAUAUAUAUGUCUUCGAUCCUGUCAUCACAGAGCGUGGUUUUGGCCACCGCCAUGGCGGUUUCCGGCACAGUAAUUCUUCUCGCAGCUCGCCGCCACCAGAAGCCGCCGUCGUCGACUGUCAAUUUUCCACGGCCACCAUCUUGCAUCAUCUCUUCUUCAGAUGAAGGGAAGAAAAGAAAUAAGAAGAAGAAGAAGGUGCACUUUGCAGAAGAUGUGGUGGACCCAAGAGGAAACAGCGAAGAAUACAGGAAAUCACAGAAAGCUAAUUUCAAUAAAUAUUCAAAUUCAACCACUUUAAACAAAGGUAGGAGAAAUCAAGAAAUGCCAGCCAAUAGAGUGGCCCUUUACAAUGGCAUUUUGAGAGAUAGAGUCCACCAAAAGGUUGCAUAUUCAUGUUGAUUGAGAUUAAUUUCCCCUUUUCUUCUUGUAACAAGAAUUGGUUUGUUAAUAUAGUUGGGGAUUUGAUAUGAGUUGGAAGCGUAUCUCUCUUAGGAAUUAGUUAGGUAGGUUGAGAUCAUGUACAAAGGUUUCUUUCUCAAUUUGUCACUACAAUUUGAAAGAUUUGCACACAUCAACUCUACUUGUUAGAGAGUUUGCAUGUAAAAAAAACAAAGGGGAUAGGAUAAUAUUGCACAUGAUCUUCUUAUUA